UGGACAGCAUCGCGAGGACAGAAAAAUGCAUAUACAGCUUACAGUGGACUAUACCGACAACUCCCAAGGAGGAGAGGAUGGUGGAGAAAGGAGAAGACAAAGAAGAAUAUUUCAGUCUUUCUUACUUCUCAUCUUUGUCUGCGGGACGAUGUGCGCCUUUAUGAUCUCAUAUGAGAUGCAUAAAGAGCUGAAAAAGACAGAGGCAACGGCAUUUAAGUACCAACAGCACCAGGAGUCAUUUUCUGUACAGCAGCAACGAAAUGAAUGAAAAGUGGUAUAUGAGCAUUAUUCUAAACUAGAAAAAUCCCUCCAGACAGAGAGACUUGAACAUAAGAAGGCCAAAGAGGGUAAUGUCUUGUUCAUAAGCACAAUCAUUGAUUUCCAAAUAUACAAAAAGCAAGAUUCGACUAGUCGACUGAAAGCUCUGCAGACUGAGCAACAAAUUCUGAAGGUGAGAUGGAAAUCUUUAUGGAAGUUAUAUCUUGAACUUCAAGAGAAGCACCAGAAUCAAGGAGAAGAUCAUGAACAUGUUCUGGACGAGCACAGGCAGGAAAUGGACCACCUGCAGAGGGAGAAGGAGGUUGAAAUAUCCAGACUAAAAGAGAAUGUGUACAAUCUUCAAGAGGAGAACAGACUGCUGAGGAAAGCUCAUCAGCACAUCUACACACAGUAACUUGACAUGCAGGAGCAGCACAAUAACCUGAAAGCUACAAAAGAUUGUCUUACACUUACAUUAAAAGACCAUAAAAAUUCACUUGUUGCAGCCCAGGUAGAGGGAUAUGAGGCUAAGCGAAAUGGGUUAUCCCCUCAAGGUGUGUGGGAGAUUGAAAAUAACAAUGAGACCAAAGUGGCAAUGAAGCAGCCGUCUCAAAUUGAAGCUUUUGCAGAAGAAAAAGGACAGAAAGAGAAAAGAAGCACAUCAAAUGAUAGAGGAGUAGAGGAUGAGGAAAAGGCAGCAUUGGAACAUUCCUUAUCAAAUCCAAAAGAGCUGAGCAUUAACCUCAGAAACACACUAAGCCAAACCCUGGAGAAACAGACAAAGACAGAGGUGCUCCACAGAACCAAAGGAUACUUUGAGGCUUUGGAUCUAGUUAUUGCUGAAGGUGACAGGCUAUCCAGAGCAGCAAGAGGAGCAGCAAGAGGAGCAGCAAGAUGAGCGAUAUGAGGAUAAUAUAGAAGAUGAGACUCUUGUUGACGCGUGAUAGAGAGAAUAGAGCAGGGGAGGAAGAGAAUGAAGAAGAUCCCUUCAGAGCGUAUAAUGAAGCAGAGGAUCAUUAUAGCCUGAAUGAAAACACAGAAGCAGAAACUGAAAGAGAGCUUCCAAGAAAAAGUGAUAAAAGAGGAUGAAGAAGAUCUUAUGGAAACCAAUCAAAGGCCUGGGAUGUGACUGAAACUGCCUCUAGAGAGGUUUUACACUUUCCUUUUUGACUGGUAGCAACAAUGUUUUCUGACUUUAAAACAUUCAAACUCCCUAUUAGCUUUUUAAAACAAGAUUAAGUGGCAAAAUAGAAGCUAAAGUGCAACAACUGUGAUCACU